AUGAGUGGUGACAGAGUCAAUCGUCCAGAUCUAAAUGUCGCCUUAGAUCCUAAUAAUCCUCAUAUUAAAAACGAAAUACUUUCUGCUAUUGUUCAACAUUUAGAAGAAUCAGGAUUAAUUGCAUCCUCACUUAUUUUAAGGGAUGAAAUGCGUCUGAAGAUCUCAAAAGACAGUGCGCGAAGCAGACUUCUCCUUAAACUUCGUGUUGCCAUUAAAUCUGGCGAUUGGAACCAGAUUGAACCACUUACAGCAGAAUUAACUUCAUCUCCAAAGCUUUUAUACUCAAUAUUAAGACACAGAUUUUUCGAAUUACUUUCAACAGGAGAUACAACAACAGCAAUGCAGUUUUUAGCCACAAGAUUAAAAGAGCAUCGUGCAUAUGAAGAUACUCCACAUGAUUUUGAGCAUCUUUGUGCAGUUUUAGUUGAUGCAGCAUCUCCAUCUCAAUCACCACAAUUACCAGAGCUUUCUGAAUCAUUAAAGCGAAUCAUCGAAACAAUUGACGAACAAAUUCGCCAAUCUGAUGCACCAGUCAUCGAAAAAGAGCUUCCAGAGCAUAGAUUACUCGACUUACUUCAACUUGCUGUUCGUUUUCAAGUUGAUGAUUUCAAAUUAAAAUCUCCAAUACAAACUCUUACUUCCGACUUCCAACCGGACGUCAUGCCACAUGGCCAAUGCAUUGAACUACCUUCCCAUCACACAGCCAGUGUCAAAUCCAUCGCAUUCGUCCCAGGAACUUCGACUUUACUUUCUGGCUCAUCCGAUAAAUCCGUGAUCGUUUGGAGCCUCGCCAAAAUGGACAAAGUCAACGAACUUCGCGGCCACAAGGGCAGGAUCUGGAGUAUCGCUACCGGAAACGAUGUUGCAGCCACUGCAUGUUCCGAUGGAGUUGUGAGAGUUUUUAAUGUCCCAGAAUCACGAUUGAUUGGCGAAUUCCAUGGCCAUUCCGGUGAUGUUUAUUCCGUCGACACAGAUUUCGAGGGAAGACACAUUGUUUCGGGCGGAUACGACCAAUCAAUCAUUGUCUGGGACGCGCCAACGCAAGCACCAGAAACAACACUGAAAGGACAUGGCGGAGCAGUUACUUCCGUCAUAUUCAACAGUACAGGAAACAUUGUUGUUUCUGGCGGAAAAGAUUUGACUGUUCAGUUAUGGGAUGUCAGAUCUUAUUUGGCAACAAUGCAGUUGGCUCCUGUAUUGGGAGAAGUCGCUGGAUUGAGUGCGGAUCCUUCUUUCACGAGAGUUUUGGCUGCAACAAAGGAUUCAACAAACAGAAUUUGGGAUUUGAGAAUGCCAAACCAAGUAAUGCUGUUGAAAGGUCACCAGAACUCAGCGAAACACUUCGUAAGAGCUCAUUUCGGACCAACUGGUUCUACUGUAAUCGGUGGAAGUGAUGAUGGAAAGAUCUACACAUGGGAUGCAAAUACAGGAAAGGUGAUAGACAAGAUAAGAGCAAACAGAUCUUGUGUAUUCGAUGUUGUUUGGAGUUCCCACGCACAUAUGUUUGCUUCUUGCGGUGAUGAAGAGAAAAUUAGAUUAUGGGAACCAAAAGAACUUUAA